CUGCAUGAUGGAGAUAGGCUCAGCCUCUGGAAAGUGGGAAGGAGCAAGUCAGGACGUAGCUAGUCCAGUAUUGGGCGUGUCAUCUUCUUGUCAGCCGGCUAGCUUCUGCCACGGUCCCUAGGAAGAGCGCUUCUACCUGAUCAAAUGCACUAGAAGCGCAUCCACAGGGUCCAUAUCCCGCUUUUGUCAGGCCGUCUCUCCCAGCUGUGCCACCACUCCAAAGUGCUGGGUGUUUUACUCAGACAUCCGGGCGCCCUGCACAGUCUGCGGCCAGCCUACGGCGGCAGGUGCUUGGAACUAAGCGCAAGCUGUACAGCGGAGUGUGUGAAUACGCACCACUAUGGUUGCCGCUUCUGCAGUUGCUGAGAGACCCUCAGAUAACUUUGUUAAUGAGAAAGUAACUUCUAACAACAAUGCCGCCAGAGAAGCAAAGGAGGGACUACAAGAAAAGCCUUCUGAUCAGAACUCCAGUGGUCGUCCCAGCAGUCCAGCUUCCAAAAAGAAGUCAAAAGAAGCGCUGUCCAUUGACAAAGAGGCCAACUCACAUGGGUUGACUGGUCAGACUAGCCCGUUCCCACCAUACGGUCUAGCGGAGCUGGAGGCAGACGGAAACAAUGUCCAGUCAGUGCAGGGAAGAGCGCUUCGAGAAACUUUGAAGCUGCACGAAAAGACUGAGUAUCUGAACAAGUAUGAGAUCAACGGUUCAACGAGUGUGGAAGAGUUUCGGAGACGCCACCCCGUGACUCGUUAUGAGGACUAUGCUGAGUACAUUGAGCGGGAGGUGGCCGGCGAGAGCAGGGAGACUGGGAAGCAGAUCUUGUGUGCUGAGCCGAUUGUUGGGUACAUGCUCACGUCGGGCAGCUCCAAAGGCACCCAAAAAAGGAUUCUGAAAACAGCGGGAUCCAUGAUGCGCAAUGCAAUGCCCUUUAACCUCUUUGAGGAGAUCAUGCAGAAGCAAUACGGUGACAAACCCCAGGACGUCAUCCUAGCUUUCGUCCACGUCGGCCCCGAGACGCCGCUGCCCGGAGGGCUCACCGCCGGAAGCGGCACCACUCUCGGGCUCCGCCGCAUCUGA